AUGGACAGAGCAAUGGCCAUAUCAACGGGGCCACAAACGGAUACUCGAAUGGACAUAUCAGUGGACUCACGAACGGAUAUGCCGACGGUCAUGUCGACGACAGAAAUGGCCACGCCAAUGGGUAUACUGAUGGUCAUAUCGAGGAUUACACACGGCAUGAAGACCACAAACCUCCAGCUCCAGUUGCCAUUUGUGGCAUGGGGAUGCGACUGCCCGGCGGGAUCCGUGACGAACAGUCCUUCUACGAAUUUCUCAUCAACAAAGGCGACGCUCGCUCUUCUACGCCAAACGACCGGUAUAACGUGGAUGCAUAUUACAGCCCCUCAUGGGAAGCACGGCACAGUGAUCACCAAGCAUGGCUACUUUCUCAAGGACACUGACCUGACCCAGUUCGACCCGUCCAUGUUCAGCAUCACGGCGGCAGAAGCUGAGCAGCUGGACCCGAGUCAACAGGAGAACCAGGAGCACAUCAAAGCGAUCGUCGAUAUUCGAGUGGUGAUAUCCAUUUCCGCACCGCUGGACACCAACGCCCCCGAGCUGAGGAUCCCUCGUCCGCGGACGUUCAUCGGCACUCGGCCGCCGCCGCCGCGAGAGGCAGAGGCGCGCAUCAGGGCGUAUAUCAAGAAUAUCCUGCCCGGGGCGAUUCGGACAGAAUCCAAGCCCACGGCGGAGAUGUGGGAGCUGGUACUCUGUGUGUCGCAGCAGGCGUAUCUGCCGCGCCUAUUCGGUGUCAAAGGAAGUGGGCAAAAGGCUGCAUUGAGUGGGAUCAUGGAGAGUCUAGAGAAGUGGAAGGAGGAGCGAGGCAAGGGUUUGCCGGCCCUGUGGAUUGUUCAUGGCAGUGGGGAUACGAUGAUCCCCCCGGUGUGUUCGACGGGAUUUGUACAGCGGUUGCGGGAGGUGUUACCGAGUAUUCCUGCAAGGUUGGACGUGCUACCAGGAGAGCAUCUGUUCGAUGUCGAUAUCACUAUGGAGGAGGAGUGGGUGACAAUGGGAAGAGGCUUUCUGGAGCACUACUGGCCCUGA